UUGUUCUGCAUUCUCAUAUCUUUUAGUAGUGCUACUGGUAAUGAAAAACCGCCAAAAAUACGACUAAAUGGAAUACCAUUUGAAAAAUGUUACAUUCUAAACACGGAGACAAUCAACGAAGGUCUUAUGUGGCGUGACAAUUUGGGUGCCUGGUCAGCUCAGAACAAACGGCCCAGCUGCAGGAGGUAUGAACUGGAUGAGGAUUUCUGCAUGACGGAAUAUGGUGGUGCAUACGUACUGAAGAAGCAGUAUGCAAUUCACCCGUACACAGAACCUCCGAAUUCGCUGUCGAAAUGCCUCAGCGAAAAAUCCGAGAACGACUACCGCUGGUUCGCCUAUUUUUUGGCAGAUGCAAUUGAAAGUACAGUCAACGAUAGAGUGCGUUCCAUUGUCGUGGAUUCAGAAGCAGCAAUAAAUCAGAUCAGUGCAAUACCGCUGUUUAUGAGGCUGGUCGACUGCAUUUCGGAAGAGGUGUUUAAGGAGCGCUUAGAGCGCGAAAAGGAAAACUGGGAACUGUUAUGCAGCGGCUUCACGAAAAAGUUUUGGAGCAACAUUGUGGGAUCACGACUUGUCUUUUCAGGUUAUCUAUUGCCCGCGCGAUUUACAUCAGGCCUUGGUGUUGGCAGAGUGAUUGCGAAUCCCGCUGAGAACACAAAUGCGCGGCUGAAGAUUCGGCUGCAGAAUUUGCAGUGCACUGGUCUCCAUGUCAUAAUUCAUAUGUUGGAAGAAAGAUAUGAGAGAACGCGUCUGAAACGCUGCAUCAUCAAAAAUGAAGGAGAACUUGAGCUGACAGGAAAGUAUGCAGACUUUUCUGUUUCGAAAGAGGAAUGGAGCCAGAUGUCGCCACUUCAGAAGCUGUGUGCUUGGCGCAAGAUAUGCAUCGAGGAGGGCGAUUCAAGUGAAAUCAUGUCAAGUAUUUAA